UUAGCCUUUCACUGGAAGCACGAAUUCGGACUUUGGAGGCCUAGCCCACUCGCACCCACACCGUCAGCUCCUUCUCCCGCCUCCACCAUCGAAGGUUGCAGCGCUGCGUCCACUCUCGCCGUCGCUGAGGACGAAGGGUCGGCAACAGGUUCUCUCUCCACCUUCCGCUCUGUUCAGUGCUUACCCGGUGGUUCUUCUAAUUCCUGCCUCUCUUUCAGCAAACCUCAAGUAUUGUAUUAAAACCCUGCAGGAGAUUCUCACAGGGAGAUGGGGAUCAAGGCUAAGAAGGCAAUGAAGAAGAGUCUGAAAAAGGCCGCGGCUAAGGUAGCAGUUCCGAGCAAGAAAACAGAGCGCGACUUCUUGCCAUUGGAAGGUGGUCCUGCACGCAAACUUCCUGAACAUAAAUUGCUAGAGAACACGGCCACUGUUUUAUACAUUGGUCGGAUACCACAUGGGUUCUAUGAGAAGGAGAUGGAAGGUUUUUUUGGACAAUUUGGUACCAUCAAGAGGUUGAGGAUUGCAAGAAAUAAAAAGACUGGAAAAUCUAGACAUUUUGGCUUCAUACAAUUUGAAUCUCCUGAGGUGGCAAAAAUUGUAGCUGAGACCAUGCACAAUUAUCUGCUGCAAGAACAUGUUCUGCAGGUUCAUCUGAUACCUCCCGAGGAUGUUCAUCCAAAAUUAUGGAGGGGCUUCAAUUUUCAGCACAAGCCAUUGGACUCCGUUCAAAUUGAAAGAAAGCGGCUUGGCAAGGAAAGAACAUUGGAAGAGCAACAAAAGCUGGUUGAAAAGAUCAUGAAGCAUGACAAAAAACGAAGAAAGAGGAUAGAGGCUGCUGGAAUUGAUUAUGAAUGCCCUGAGAUUGUGGGCACCAUCCAGCCUGGUCCUAAGAAAAUCAAGUUUGAAGACUGAGUUGGUAUGCCAAGCUGAUGGCGGGGCGGACAAAGCGGGUUAAUUGAGGUGUUUUGUUAUGUUUCCUGCUAUGCAUGACUAGUGACAACAUGUUGUUAUCAGAUUUCAAGAAUCGGCCCUCAACCGUUAUCAUCGCGCGAAGGAACUGCAGUUUUGAGACUUCAUACCCAUAAUACCGUAACUCCGUGCUCUGCUCGACCUCCUUUACACAAUCUGACAUGCUAUUUCUUUUCGUUACUAGAAUUUAUAGAAUGUCGAUGCGUGUUUGUUUUGCUUGCCUAGCUUUCUUUUGGACAAUAAUCAAUAUCAUCUUAUAUAUAGUAUAUGUGAUUUUGCACAUGGCUUGGACGCUAUAUUUACGUCAUUGAAGCGCGGUAAAAUUGUUAGGGGAA